AUGGGAGAGUGGCCUGACCUCAGCCUACCUCCAAUUGCGCGCACCGACGUCUUUCCUUCAUUCGGCCCAUUAUUAGCAACCAUGUCUUCGUUUUCUCUCCUCCGUCUGCCAAAAAAUGAGCUAUCGAAAGUUCUACGUCAUAUGGACCCCACAACGCAAUUCUGGUUCUCACUGCUCACUGAGAGAACCAAACGGCUCAUCAGCGUGCUUCAAGUUUUUGGUGACGAGAUAACGAUUCGCGUGGAAACCUGCGUACAAAUAGACCUAGGCUCACUCCGUCUCAAUAUUGGAUCCUCUGUUGGAAUUUUAGAAAUGGGGUGUAAGGAUCCUGAAGACUCUGGAUACUUUGUCACUACCAACUGGUGUUCACCAAGAGUGACACCUCGACAGUGGAUCGAUCACUGUAUGGAACUGACGGAUAGUAACAGUAUUGACCAGUUGAGCAUUUUCGCUUAUAACGAAGGGUUUGACAUGAGAGCCUGCUACAGAAAUCUAACCGGGCUACAUGUUACCAAGCUUCACCUAAAUGGAGAUCAUCUCCCGGAUAUCCAGAUGUUCGGCAGUCUUCCAAAUGUUGAUGAGAUUUGUUUCGGAUUUAAUCUCCCGGUAGGACCUAACUAUCAACGAAUAAUUGCUCGAAAUGUUGAAAAAUUCACGAUGGAGAACAGCGAUGGCGCACAAGUCCAACUGAAUGACUUGUUGGCUUCGAAUGCUUGGUUCAUCCAACUUACCAAUAUGUCCCUGCCGAACCGUCAAAUCAACUUGUUCCUGAAGCACUGGAUAGCUGGCUCAAACGAGAUGCUCUGUGGCUUUGUGAUAAAUCAAUUCAACAAUGGGGCCGGCUACAACGAAGCUGUCAUUUCCAACGGAAUCGACUAUCAGCCAUCGAUGGAAGAGCAUCAUGGAGUUCAGGAAAACAAUUACCACCUGCAUCCACAUACUCGAAAAUUUGACAUAAGAAGGGAUGACGGGAUGCGGGCAACUUUCUAUUGGGAAUUAGGCUGGAAACGGGAUGUGAUUAAUGGUUUAUGCUGUAUGUUUGUUUGGGAGAAUUUGGAGGAUUGAAUAAAGUUUA